AAGUGUGUCGAGAUAUACGAUAUACACAUGUACAUACGUACGAUGUAUGACAUGCACGUACAUGUCGCACAUCGUGUUGUAUUAGCGCGUAUCGUUGGAUGCGAGAGAAGGCCAAAGUCGAUUGACGUUAGAGAUAGUGUAUAAUUUCAUUUUUAUUUUCCCUUUAACGUGUCACCGAUAGUGUCGCACUACUCGUUGAAAGAAUUAUAGAAUUUUGUAAUCCGAAGUGGAGGUCGUAAAUGAAUUUCAAUAAGACAUUGCAGAUAAAAAAUGCGAUUACUGUGUGACUUUUGGGGGAAACCUUUUUUCAUUGAUUCAGUUAUUGUUAUGAAACAUUUCGGACAGUUAGCUACCGUUACAAAAUUAACAUUUACCUAAUGAAAAGUAAAUGAAACGACGCGUUUGAUUGUAUGUUUAUAAAAAUAAAACGUUAUAAACAUAUAUCUCUCUCUGGCACUCAUUUAUCCACCGAAUAAACAUUGAUAUUUAUUUAACUUGUUUACCCUUUGAAAACAAGGGAUAGUAAUUGAUGAACUGGACGCGUGAUGAAUUUGAAGGAUGCGACGGUGUAUAUAUGAAAAAUGGAUGAUCGAUAACAGAAGUUUCAUUUGGACCGUUGGGUACAUCAUCAUAAUUUAUGGAUAAGAUCUGACAGGUGCAACGCUUAACUAUGUUUGGCUCAAAAACACAAACAUCUAAUAGCACCUUUUAUACGGAACUGGACACGAACACAGAGGAUGAAGAAUCUUGUUUGAAUGGAACAACAAAAUGUUUAGGUGCAGAACAAGUGGAUACCAAGGUGUCCACUUGUUCAAACACCAGAGUAGAUGGUAGGAAACUGGAAGAGUACGAAAAAGAUUUAUUUCACGAAAUGAAAGUCUUUAGUGGUUAUUCACGAUUUCGUUCAUACGUGAUGACCACUGAAAACUCAGUGGACUGUGUUGAUAUCAAGGAAAGUGAGGAGAAUUCUAUAAAAGUGCCGUUUCGAAUAGCACACAGCGUAUUGGAGUAUAGAAACAGCAGAUAUUUAACGGUGGAACGAAAUUCGCGGCAGUUCACGGAAACAUCAUAUACGGUAAGCGAAUCGGAGAGCGAAGAAGAAUCAGAGGGUACUAAAUCGUUGGAAGCGGACUCCAGUAUUGCCAGCGAUUACACAGACAAUGCGGCAUUAGAAACACAAUCAGGUGGUAGUAACCACUGUGCGAAUUCAAAAAAGAAGAGAGCGCGUCAGAUCGCCGAAGAACUAUUAGCUACCGAAAAGAAUUAUGUUACUGUUUUAAGACUAAUCGACCAAGUGUUUCAGUUUAGGGUCGAUCAAGAGAACAGAGCGCAUCCAAUGUUUCCUAUGGAAACAGUUCAACAGAUGUUCUCGAAUAUUAAAUCAAUUUAUAAAUUCCACAAUGAUUUCCUGUUACCCCAGCUUCAGGAAAGAAUACAGAACUGGGAUUUGGAUCCCAGAAUCGGAGAUAUCAUGAAGAAUUUUGCUCCGUUCCUAAAGAUGUACACGGAAUACGUACAAAAUUUCGAUUAUGCCAUGAACUUGAUAAACACUCUGCAACUUAAAGUUGCUAGAUUUGCUGCAAUUAUCAACGAGAUUCAAAAGUUGGACGAGUGUGCCAAGUUAUCCUUAUCGCACCACAUGUUGAGUCCUAUACAAAGAUUACCACGAUACGAGCUUCUCCUGAAAGAUUAUCUGAGAAACCUUACACAAGAAAAUGCUGAUUACGAGGACGCUAAAAAGGCAUUGGGAUUAGUAUCUACCGCUGCUAAUCACACGAACGAUGCAAUGAAGAAGAUCGAUACGUUCAAAAAGCUUCUAGAAAUACAAGAGAGCAUAUACGAUACGACAGAUCUAGUUAGCGUGACACGGGAACUUGUUAAAGAGGGUCGCAUCGUUAAAAUAUCAGCAAGGAGCGGGGAUCACCAAGAGAGACAGUUGUUUUUGUUUAGUGACAUAUUAUUACUUUGUUCGAUACGACUCAUCCCAGGACCAUUGUAUCGAUUAAGAGCCAAAUUCAUGGUCGAAAACCUAAUAUGUAGCGAAGGUUACAAUUUGGAAACGGCGAAUACAUUUUAUAUAAGAGACGAAGAGAAGAACGUAGAACUGUAUACGCACACAGCCGAGGAAAAGGUUGCGUGGCUUGAGGCGCUUUUCGAUACAAUGCAAAAUAUGCUGACAAGAAAGGCGAGUUUGAAAACUGGAAAUGUCAAGUCGCUCGUUAUAAAAACCGAAGAUGUGACCAAGUGCAUGAUAUGCGAUGUAAUUUUUUCUGUAAUGAAAAGAAAACACAAUUGCAGAGCAUGCGGAAUAGUAGUUUGUGGCAAAUGUUCGAAACAAAAAUUAUUGUUCGAAGAUAACAAAAAUAUGAGAGUUUGUCGAUUGUGUCACGCCGCGUUGACACAGCCUCUCUCGAAGUCACCCUCUUCGUCGUCACCGUCCGGACCAGUACCUAGUUUAUUACAAGUAUCGGCCAGUGCAUCGUCGGUUAUAUCCGGAUACCUACUGAUAAAGACUCAACCGAGUAAGCCCUGGAUUCGACGAUGGUUCGCUUUACACAUGGAUUUUGUUCUAUACACCUUUAAAUCUGAAAGCGAAAAUAUGGCUUUAACGGCGACUCCGAUGCCCGGUUUUCUCGUUACGGAAGCUACCGAAUUAUCCGACGAGGAUCCCUUGAGUCUUAAGGAUAGACCCAAAGCACUCAAGAUGCAUCAUUCCAGAAAAAGUUACUAUUUGCAAGCGUCGUCAGAGGAAGACAAGUACAAAUGGUUACAUGCUCUACGAUUGGCUACCAAAGCAGAACUACCCUCGUUUGCUAUGGUAGAGACAGAGGACGCGCAAAAGAAUCAACUUAUCGUGCAUACGCGAUGAAUUAUUUAAAUGGAUGUACACACGGAUCAUGAGUCAAAUUUUCUGUUAUCGUAUGCGUAUUAAAUUACAGCGCGGCAAGAUAAUCGUUGGUAGAUAAUUAUUAUGCAAAAAUAAUAUUGCGUUGAAUGUAUAAUAUAUCAUUGUACACGUAUGCGAAUUGUUAUUAGUGUAUUCUGGUCAACUCCGUAAUGGUUACACUGCCAAAAUGCUUGUUGUAUUUUGUACCAUUUUGUUAUAUUUAAAAAUAUAUAAUAGAUAUAUAGAUAUA